AUGCCACCACUUGAAGCGAACUACGACGAGUCAAUCAACAAAUCGACAGACUUUGUUGAUGAUCAUAAAUGGGGUAAACUUUUCCCCACGUGCGUUGCCGAUCCCGACCGAUCGUCGCAAUUCAUGACAAGAAUGAUUUAUGUGGCAUUCUCAACAGUUCUCCAUCGCCGAGGCAUACUCUCGACCGAGUACUUUUCUAAAAAUUAUAUAACAGAAAAGAGCCGAUGCCUGACUUUGUGCUUCAAGAAUCCGAAAGCGCUCGCUAUUGCUCAAAAAUUGAAAUCAGCUGGGGAAGCUGUAAAGAAAGGAUACCUUAAGGAGCUUUCUCUGGUACUCAGCAACAAUGAAGAUGAUGAAGAAGCGUUCGAAGUGUACUCCAUGAAGUUUCAUUACUUUAAGGAUGGUGGUGUUGCUGCAUAUUUCAGCACGAAUGCGGAAGGAGAUCAGCAAUCACCUCUGGAAAAGUUGAGCAGAGUUGAGUAUAAAGGAACUGGUUCUGUUAAAGAUCAACUUCUGAGCCUCCUUCGGGGUGUCUUGUACAUGACACACAAAAUCCUCACACCACUACAAGAGGGUUACGCUGCCAAUCUUCGUGUGAACUAUACCGAUGAAACUCCUGAAGACUUUAAAAUAGAUGGCUUCUCCGAUUCGAAUAGCUUUUAUUCUCUUCCACAAGAUAUUCAAUCAGCAACAAUCGGACAUGUGCGGCCAGGAUACCACGGAGCUGUGUUCGAAUGCGCGAGUAUUCACAUGAAUGACGCAUAUCAAGCAGAAAUGUCAAUGAAACGUUAUCAUGCAAAAAACUGUGACGCACUGGGAUAUAAUGCCAACGAAACCCUCUUUACUACAAUGGACUCUGAGAAUGAUCCAAAAGCUAGUCAAACUUUAAUUGACUCCGUCACACCAGCUUCAAACGAGAAAAAGAAUACGACAGUAGAAAACUUGGCUAAGUCAUUAGAUCAAAGUGCCACCGUGGUGACUCCGAAACAAACGAGAGCAACUCGUAAAAACGCUGGUGAAGCCGUCAAAACUCGUACCUCUCCAUACAGCAAAACCCGUUCCCGCAAAUAA